AUGUCUGAAAAGUCGGACAGAGCGGAUACUAUCAACAACCACCAGGGGACGGUGGAUAGCACCCCGAAGAGUGGAUUCAGUCGAUUCUGCAGUAAGAUGGGCGAUCUGCCACAAUGGAAGGUCAACGGAAAGCUUCUGCGCGGUGCCGCCUUGAACUGGGGCAUCGGUGUCAUCGCCUCCUGCGGCUUUCUCAUGUUCGGCUAUGACCAAGGCGUUCUGUCCGGGCUCCUCACCCUCGACGACUUUCAGAAGAACCAAGCCUUGAUGACUCCCCUCGACGCCUCGAACCCUCUUUGCUGGAACGAUGAUGGCUCACGCGACGAACGCUACUGCCACGGUGACGCCAACACCCAAGCCGCCGGCGUUGCCAUGUAUCAGAUUGGUUGCUUUCUAGGCGCUGUCCUCAUCCUCUUCUAUGGCGAGAGCUGGGGCCGCCGGUCGUCGACCUUCUGGGGCUCCCUUAUCAUGAUUAUUGGUGGAAUCAUGCAGGCUGCGUCUUUAGAAUAUGGGCUGUUCGUCAGUGGCCGCGUUAUUGGUGGUCGCUUCAAACGCCUCCUGACGAAUAGACCCUCUCAAAAACUGCGCCGUACUCUCCUCGGCAUCGCCGCGCAAUUCUUCCAGCAGAUUUGCGGCAUCACACUCAUCACUUACUACGCUACUUUCGUCUUUGAGAACUCACUUGGGUUCGGACCCCAGCUCUCCCGUCUCUUGGCCGCUCUGAACGGCACCGAGUACUUCCUCGCCUCCCUCGUCGCCCUGCCCCUCAUCGAGCGCGUUGGACGCCGCAAGCUCAUGCUUUUUGGAGCCUUCGGCAUGAUGGGAUCCAUGGCCAUUCUUGCCGGCACGACCUCGACGGGCACGACCAACGAGGACGGCGCGCCCCAGCUUUCGACCGCAUACGGCGUCACGGCUGUGGUCUUCCUCUUUGCAUUCAACUCGUUUUUCGCCGUUGGAUGGCUUGGCAUGACGUGGCUGUACCCAGCUGAGGUGACGGGGCUCAACAUUCGUAUCCAGGCCAACGCCCUCUCGACGUGCAGCAACUGGAUCUCCAACUUCCUCAUCGUCAUGAUCACCCCGCCGGCGUUCGCCAACCUCCAAUGGAAGACCUACGUUAUGUUUGCCGUGUUCAACGCGGCUCUCAUCCCUUGCGUCUAUCUAUACUUCCCCGAGACCUCUAAGCGCUCUCUCGAGGAGAUUGACCUCUACUUCGCCCGUGCCUGGUCAGAGGGCGUCUCUCCCGUCAAGAUGGCCAAGACGAUGCCCCGAUACACCGCAACCGAGCUUGAUAAUGAGCUGGCCAAGUACUUUAGCGCCGCGGAUAUUGAGCAGCGCAGGGGUUCCAUGCUGCAGUCGCGCCGGCCAUCCGCCAUGACCCAGGCGCCAGAUGAGCCUUCGGUGAACAAGAACGCCACUCAGUAA